GUGCCAAAGUCGUGCCUAUUUUGUGUCACAAAAAUUCUUAGAGGAAUCCUGGGAAAGAGCUUUUCAUGCAUCCUGCAGUUCAUAUCUACAGCAUUUGUCAGAACACUAAGGAACUUCAUGUUGGUGUUGUUUAUGCCAGAACAUAGUAAGCAAGGCAAAUUAACUGCAGCCUUGUGUAAACUUUUAGUUGGCCAACAAGAUGCAAUUGAAAGAGAACUGAGCUCUCUGGCUGGAAGCUGAACGUGAUGACGGCCUGGUCUAUGGUAGGGAAGCUGAAAAUGGAGAAGAGGUACUCCAGAGAAGACAGAAAUGUGGAACAAGAUGCUGGGGAAUGCAGUGCUGAAUCUGAGGAAUGGACGAGCUCAGAAAGUGAACCUGAGCAACCAUACUUCAGAAGCAGCUGUAGCAAUACUCAGUGGAGAGAAAAGGAGGUUUCCACUAAACCACAUCGGCCACUCUGUCGGUCCCCUUGUUUGGAUCGCCCAAGUUUUUCACAGAGCAGUAUCACACAAGACUUGAAACUAGAUGAAUGCAAAACAAAUUUGGACAAGGAAUACCAAGCUAAAAUGGAUUUUGCUUUAAAGCUUGGGUAUGCGGGAGAUCAGAUCCAGGCUGUAUUGAAUAAAUUGGGAGCAGAUGCACUCAUCAAUGAUGUUCUGGCAGAGCUUGUGAGACUUGGCAACAAAAGUGAAUCAGAGGGACAAAGCAGUGCCAGCAGUACCACUAGUACUCUGGUGCCAAGAGGCCCUUGCCCAAAGGAAAUAGCAAGCCCUGAAUUGUCACUUGAAGAUGAAGUUGUGGAUAACAGUGAUAACUUGAGGCCAAUUGUCAUUGAUGGAAGCAAUGUGGCUAUGAGCCAUGGGAAUAAAGAAGGAUUUUCCUGUCGGGGAAUUCAACUAGCUGUUGAUUGGUUUCUGGAAAAAGGACAUAAAGAUAUCACUGUCUUUGUACCUGCAUGGAGAAAAGAACAGUCUCGACCUGAUGCACCAAUUACAGAUCAAGAAAUCUUACGUAAAUUGGAGAAAGAAAAAAUUCUUGUUUUCACCCCAUCUCGAAGAGUUCAGGGAAGAAGAGUAGUUUGCUAUGAUGAUCGAUUCAUAGUAAAGCUUGCGUUCGACUCGGAUGGCAUCAUUGUAUCAAAUGACAACUAUCGUGAUCUUCAAAAUGAAAAACCAGAAUGGAAGAAGUUCAUAGAGGAGCGGCUGCUAAUGUAUUCUUUUGUGAAUGACAAAUUUAUGCCUCCUGAUGAUCCCUUAGGACGCCAUGGUCCAAGCCUUGAAAAUUUCUUAAGAAAAAGGCCAGUUAUUCCUGAACAUAAGAAACAACCGUGUCCUUAUGGUAAAAAGUGCACCUAUGGGCACAAAUGUAAAUAUUACCACCCAGAACGGGCAAACCAGCCUCAAAGGUCAGUAGCGGAUGAGCUUCGAAUAAGUGCCAAAUUAUCUGCUGUGAAAACUAUGAGUGAGGGAGCCUUGGCCAAAUGUGGCACAGGGCCAUCCAGCUCCAAAGGAGAAAUCAGUUCUGAAGUGAAACGCAUUGCCCCAAAACGCCAGUCAGAUCCAAGCAUUAGAUCAGUAGCUGUGGAGCCUGAGGAAAAGUUAUCAGUAGCCCGGAAGUCUGAGGCCAGCUCUGUCCCGUCUCUGGUUUCUGCAUUAAGUGUACCAACGCUCCCUCCACCAAAAAGCCAUGCAGCUGGUGCAUUAAAUACUCGUUCUGCAAGCAGUCCGGUGCCAGGUUCCUCACAGUUCAUGCAUCAGAAAUCCUCACUGGAACAUAUGUCCAGUGUGCAAUAUCCUCCUAUACUAGUCACCAAUAGCCAUGGUGCCUCAGUUAGCUAUACUGACCAGUAUCCCAAAUAUGAAUCAUUGGGGGACCAUGGCUAUUAUUCCUUACUCAGUGAUUUCUCUAACUUGAGCAUAAGUAGUAUCCGUAACACAGAUUAUUACGGGGCUGAUAUGGACCAGGGGAUGUAUUCUAGAAACUCAAGCCCCUGUCCUGACAAUUGCUUAAGCCAUACAAGUAAUGAUUCUUAUUCCUCUUACAAUGACUUGUAUCUGGGUGUAGCAGAUGCCAGUCCAGAAGACAAUGUGAAGAUCCACAGACUGCCAUCGCAAAAUCGUCUUCAGCCUUUUUCCCAUGGUUACCAUGAAGCCUUAAAUAGAGUUCAGAGUUAUGGAACUGAAGAGCCUAAGCACUCCCUUCGCAAACAGUCAGUUUCCCACUUAGGCCUACAUGCCCAGCAUCCAGUUGUUGGAGCACGGUCCAGUUGUCCAGGAGAAUACCCUGUGCCUCAAAAUGUUCAUCCAUCAACUGCACAACCAAGCCGUGCCUUGGUCAUGACAAGAAUGGACAGCAUUUCUGACUCACGGCUUUAUGAAAGUAACCCUACAAGGCAGAGAAGACCACCACUCUGUCGAGAGCAGCAUGCUAGCUGGGAUCCAUUACCAUGUGCAUCGGACUCAUACACUUACCACUCGUACCCAUUGAGUAACAACCUCAUGCAGCCAUGUUAUGAACCUGUAAUGGUAAGAAGCAUGCCUGAGAAGAUGGAGCAACUCUGGAGGAAUCCCUGGAUUGGGAUAUGUGGUGAGCCACGGGAACCACAUAUCAUCCCAGAACAUCAGUAUCAAACAUACAAGAACCUCUGCAAUAUUUUCCCUCCAAGCAUUGUCCUUUCUGUGAUGGAAAAGAAUCCCCACAUGACAGAUGCACAACAGCUGGCAGCUAUGAUUGUUGCCAAAUUAAGAACAGGGCGUUAAAGCAUUACAGCCUCUUUUGGAUAAAUGAAACUGCACAGCAUAUAGGACCUGGAGGAAAAUUUAAAUGAAGAUGGAAGGGUCCAAUCUGUUGUAAAUAUUUUCUACUAAGCCAAUGUAAAAUUCUGUACACAGUAGCAAUCUCAUAUAUAUAUAUAUGUGUAUAUAUAUAUAUAUAUAUAUGCUGAGGCAGUAUAUGAGUCGAUUGUAUUGUAAAUUUUAAGAUUUUAAAUAUAGGGAUUUUUAAUAGUAUUUUACAGGAAAUGCAUACCUUGCUGCAUGGAUAGCUCAUUAAGAACUACAAUGUCACGUUCAGUGUCUCAAAGCUGUUACUACAAAAUAUUGUUAACAAUUAUAUUGCAUGUAUUAGUGUACACUUUCAAUUUCCUUAUAAAUACGUAAUUGGCUUUCUAAAAGUAUGCUCUAUACACAGCCACCUGGCUUUUAGGGUUUCAGCUUUGUCAUUUGACACUGCCUACUGGCAUGUUAAAUAUUGAAGAAAAAGUAAACUUGACAAAAAUUAAAAUACUCAAUUUGUAAAAGGAAAAACUGAUCUCAUCUUUGGAAUGUCAGUAUUGUUGUUGGCACUUAAAUUUCAAAACUGUUCCCCAAGAGUUUGAGUAUCUAUCUGUUACAUUGUCCAAUACUUGGGCUCAAUCCAACAGAAGCCAAAUACGGACCAAAGCAUUAAGGAGUGUGAAGGCCUGAGCGCCAUUCAGUAAGCGAAACCAAGUUUAACUGUAGCAGCUCUCUUCAGAAGCACCUCUCAACGGCGUGGUAAGCAGCUGCUGGCCACAGGACUAGACAAGCUGAAGGUAAAGUGUCAGUUUUAUGUGAUUGGAUUGCUCAGCCUGGCACAGUGGAAGCAGGAUGUUAACAUGAAAGUUCAUCAGUAACUACAGCCCUUCCUCUGGGGGCAAGAGUGGUGUUUGAGUGAACCUAACAUUCACGAUGGCUGUACAUGAUCAACUUGGGGGGUGGGGGGCGGAGGCUGCUUCUUGAAAAGAGGUGCUACAGUUUGCGUUUGUGGCAAAGCUGGCCUGGUUUUUGCUCUUCAGAUCCACGCAAAGGUGUGCAUUUGCCUCAUGAAGGCUUUUAGAGUUCCUGUUUCAAUAGGUGAGAUAAUUUUGUGUGGCAUUGUUUGCGCAAUUGGUAUCUUGCUCAGGGUGGGAACCUUUGUAGCUAAAUGUCUCCAAAAGAGGCGUUUAUUGUUUUUUAAGCUGCACUGACUGGACGCCCUUUUUUGAAUCCAUUGUAUAUUUCAGCAUUUCGAACCAUUACUAACUCGAUACAUCUCGAGCUAGGACUUGUUGACUUCUACUGUAGUUUUUUUCAUGAAAGUUGAGAAGGCCUGGUUUAUGGCCUUUUGUUUCUUCAUGAGAAGGUGUGACACUGCCUAAAUGUUUCUUACUGUGAAACACACGGAACGUGAGGCUGCAGUCAGGGUUGUUUCUGGUGUUUUGAUAAUGGCUUGCAUGCUGCUUUCUAGUUAUCUGUUUGCCUGAGGAACAAAGUUAUAGCAUUUCCUCCACUUGUGUUACUGUAAUGGUUGGUUUGAUUCCAAAUAUCUUGUGGGCUCUUUAUCAUGUGCAAAAUAUGUUCCUGUCAUAUAAAAAAAAAAAACCAACAACUAAACAAAAAACCACCAACCCACCAACAAACCACAAUUACAGAUGCAACUACAGUUAAUUUACUGAUAUUUGAUAACCAUAUCAUUUCACAGAGGAUAAAUAUUCUUGUGUUGGUAGAGGUAACGUAUAUGAUGACCAUGUCAUUAUGUAUUUAAAAUGAAUUAACUUGAAGGUGAUUCUGUAUUUAGACUUUGUGUUUAAAAAUAACUUCAGUUUUAAUUAGUUGGUUAUCAUCUCUGUUGAUGGGAAAAAAAAAAUCUUCAGACAUUUAUAAUAGUUGGGGAAAACAGAUUUACCUCUCGAUCACUUUUCAGAAACAUUUCUUACUAACUAGCAUUUUAUAUUUUUAAUUUGCAAUUAAUUCUUAUUCUCUUCUCUUGCAUGGUAUAAGCAGCUGAGAGCAAUGCCUCAAAUAACCAGAAAUGACCUUUUGUUUGUUGAUACAAAUUGUAUCUCUUUUUCUUGAUUGUAUAAAAACUGUGUAUUUAAAAAAAAAAAAAAAAAAACUCUAGAUGAACUUCAGUAUUACAUUUUCACCACAAUGUUUGUGACACCAUGUGUCACAGGGAAGUAGCCCAUUGAGUAAUUAUGGAUCUUUUUUAUUUGAAAUGGGCACUUGUAGUUUAUAGACAAACAAGGACAACUUUUCAGAACCAGUUUAUUAUGUGCACAGAUACUGUGUGUACACCUCAGAGCAUCACAUGGUUAUCUUUAGUCUAUUUAUUAAGCAGAUACAUUCUUGCACUAAACUUUAUGUAAAAAUGUUGCUGUUAACUCAUCUGCAUGUGUUUAAAAUGUAACUAGAAUUGCUGUAGACCCUGCUUUAUUCUUAACGGAUUAAUUUAUAAAUUAUUUAGGUAUAAAAUGAAGUUUAUUGUGCACUCAUGUUUUCCAUCUUGCAUGGAAUUAAAUAUUUGUAUGUAGAAAAAUGUUUGUUCCAUUUUCCUCCAAUUACAAAGAUAAGCUAUUUUAAGAGGGGUUUAGUAGGUGUUUUUGAUGUUUUCUAAUGUGGAAAACUGAGCAGAAAUUUCUGUAUGAAGUGUCGGGUGGUUUAGGGAGAUACUCAUUUUUGUAGGCUUUGUCUAGUCAUUUUAAUUUUCACUAACUUUUGUUUUACUGAUAGAUAAAUUCCUUUUUAAACAAUGGGAAUGCUGCGCCAAUACAAACCCAGCAUAUGAUUUCCCUAAGCUGUUUUGAAGGCAAAUUGUCUUUUCCUAAGCAGCUAUUGGCAUCCAUCAUGCACCGUCACAGAAGCGGCAGCGUAGCCUUGUGGAAGUAAUUUUCAAAUUUUGUGCUAGUUUAGACCUCCUUAGAGGUUAUGAAACUUUUGUAUGUGAUGUAGUCUUUCCUAACCAACUACUUUCAGUGAUAAUUCAGUCAUCCACAUCUGUUUUCAGGUAUGUUUACAAGCCACUUCAAAACACACAUUCAUUCAUCUUCAGCGCAUAAGCUUAGAUUUCUUCUUACAUGGAAGAGUUGAUCUAAUUAACACCUGAUCACAACUGUCUAUAUUGUAAAUAUGAGACUUUGUAUAAAUGCUCUUUUUGAGAGCAUAGUAUUUAAAUGUUUUUAAAACUGUAAGAGAACUGUUCUAGAAACUAUAUUUUAAUAAAAUCCAUGAAAUUACAAUUCUAGAUGAGGG